AUAGUAAUAAAAUGUUUAUCAAAUUCAAAUAACUUCUUUCACAUAAUUUUUCCAUUCAAUCUAAAUUGGUAUAAAUACUGAUGUUGUUCUCUAAUUUGAUAUCAGUUUAACUUUGAACAACGAAAAUGAAGUUUCUUAUUGUGUUCUCGAUUAUGAUUGUGGCAAUUGCUGCCCAAGGACAUCAUGGUGGUGGUCAUGGAGGUGGCCAUCAUGGUCAAGGAGGUUUCGGAGGCAGUAACCAAGGAGGAUUCGGUGGUAGCCAAGGAGGAUUUGGCGGUAAUCAAGGAGGUGGCCAUCAUGGUCAAGGGGGGUUCGGCGGCGGUAGUCAAGGAGGAUUUGGAGGUAAUCAAGGAGGCUUCGGCGGCGGUAACCAAGGAGGUUUCGGCGGUAGCCAAGGAGGUGGACACCAUAGCCAAGGUGGGUUCGGUGGUAACCAAGGAGGAUUUGGAGGCAACCAAGGAGGUUUCGGUGGUAACCAAGGUUUUGGAAAGUAAAGUAACAACGUGAAGAAAUCGAAUCCAAUUCAAUCUUAAGGAAUUUUUUACAAUUCAAAGUGCUAUUCCUACAUGCAUCCAAAAUAAAAGACUUAAAAAUGUAAA